CAUCUCAACAUGGAUACCCUAUACGAUGACAAAGAGGGAUGCUACUUUAACCGCUCCGUCAAGUUCUUCUACGAGGAGAGCGGCAAGAACAUCAGCGGACACUGGCGUAAUCGGGACUAUGCGAUCGUCUCUAUGGGAAUGGCGGUCUGCUUCAUCGUGAUCUUCUCCAACCUUCUGGUCAUUGGGGCCAUUUUUAAAAACAAACGCUUUCACUUUCCCAUCUACUACCUGUUGGGAAAUCUGGCUGUGUCAGACCUGUUCUCAGGUAUCUCCUACCUCCACCUGAUGUUCCACACUGGUCCCUGGACCAUCAAGCUGUCCAAGUACCAGUGGUUUGUGCGACAGGGGCUGAUCGACACCAGUCUGACGGCCUCGGUGCUCAACCUGCUGGCCGUGGCCGUGGAGCGUCACCAGACCAUCUUCAACAUGCAGCUGCACAGCAAGAUGAGCAAGAGGAGGGUCUUCAUCAUCAUGGUGUGCAUAUGGCUGGUGGCCAUCUUCAUGGGCCUGGUCCCGACCAUGGGCUGGCACUGCCUCUGCGACCUGCCCAACUGCUCCACCAUGGCGCCGCUCUACAGCCGCAGCUACCUGGUGUUCUGGGGCGUCCUCAACCUCAUGACCUUCUCCAUCAUGGUGGUCGUCUACACCCGCAUCUUUAUCUACGUCAGGCACAAGAGCAAGCAGAUGUCCCAGCACACGUCCCAGAUGAGACACAAAGAGACGGUGUUCAACCUGAUGAAGACCGUCUCCAUGAUCCUGGGCUGCUUCGUGCUCUGCUGGACGCCCGGCCUGGUGAUCCUGCUGCUCGACGGCUUGGGCUGCGAGAAAUGUAAUGUGCUGCGCUACGAGAAGUACUUCCUGGUGCUGGCCGAGUGCAACGCCUUCGUCAACCCCAUCAUCUACUGCUUCAGGGACUCGGGCAUGCGGAAGACCUUCAGAGACAUCCUGUGCUACCCGUGCCGGAGUGGCAAGAAUACCCAGGACGCGUCCGGGACUCACUUUAACACCCUGGACCACAAGACCUACAAGUCUCGUUCUGAGGUGCCGAUACAGAGAGGCAACGGGACGCGUCUGCUCCACCACGGCUCGGAGGACGCACCCACCUCCUCGGACAACUGGAGUUAAACUUAAACAACGCUGAACUUUCAACAGACCGAGAGAGAGAGAGAGAGAGAGAGAGAGAGAGGACGUGUACCAGCAAAUCUGCAGAUCUGCGUGUGUCCUCACAUAAACAAACCUCCAAGUCUGUUCCUCCUCAGUCGACAGGCUGUUUAUUCUGUGUAUUGGAUCUUUACGUCUGCUGCCCCCCCCCCCAACCCUGACAGGACAGUGGUAGAAGACGACUAACAUCCGCUGAACAACUGGAACAUGUCGGCACAGAAGAAACGUGUGUGUGUGUGUGUGUGUGGAGCGUCUCACAGCAGAAGAAUGUGGAGUUACAAGGCCAGCUGCAGGCGGCGUCAUGUUUAAUGUCAGUUACCAGUUUAUUAGGUACACCUGACGAGAACUACUGCAGUCCCGUCCCGGCGCUGGCGACCCCCAGUGGCCGGAGACGAUUUGUUUUUUUCGCUGUCCCACCGUCCAAGUCUUGUGUGAACAUUAUAUUUCAAGACCGCCUUGAGGGACUUUCUUCAAAUUUGGUACAAACGUUCAGUCGGACACGAGGAGGAACUGAUUCAGAUGCUGGUGUUCACAGGUCAAGCCAUUUUCUUUUUGCCUUGUGAACACAAUAUCGUGAUAAAGCUUUGAGAGAAUCUUGUAAAAUUGUACACAAACGUUCACUUUGACUCACAGAAUAACUGAUUAGGUUUUGGAUGCUCAAAGGUCAAAGGUCAAGGUCUCACCAAACAUGUUUUUUCCAAGGGGAUUUCUUCAUAUUUUCACCAGCUGUCACUUGGGACUCGAAAGGGGAACUGAUCAGAUUUCAGUGGGGAAAGGUUUCAGUGACCUCAUAUUGUUGUGAAUGUCACGAGUCAUUGAACACCUGGAGCUGCACUGGUUAGCAGAGACAUAACCAAUCAUUUUAGUGGUAAAUAUUUUAUGGUAAUGUGGAUUCAUCUUAAUCAUAAUUUUGGAGGCUGCAGUUUGUGUUGCUGCGUUGCACAGGGAGAUGUUUUUCAGUUAUCCUGCCCUCGUUGAUUUUAAAUACAGUGAAUCUAUAAUCUAUUCAAUCUAUAAAUGAUAGAAAUCUACUUUCAGUAUAAGCCAAUAAAUUAACUUCAGUCUCCAGAGCGAUAACACGAAUAUAAAGUUUGUAUAAACUAAAUCUGACCUUUGUAACCUUCAUGCAGGAGGAUGUAUCUGUUGGUUUCGCUUAUAAACCGAAACCUGAGUGUAUAUAAAAUCAGUGGAAAUCAGGUUUCAAGUGCACAAAGUCUCUGAGGCUCAUAGAAGAGAUGCUCUUUAUCCACAGUGCUUUUAUGAAGGGGAUUUUAUAAAGGGAGUUAACGGACGUAUUUGUUAAUGGUUGAUUAAAUCCCUGACGUCACUGAUUACUCAUAGUCUCAUACAACAUUGUGUGUUGCCAGGUUGUGUAGCUUGCUCAGUGGUUUCAACCAAACCUACUUUCAUGCAGUGAAACCCGUCUUAACAAAGCUCAUAAUAUUUACUGCUGCUCUUGUUUUUAAUCUAGAAAAUGUUCCAAUCACCUUUUUAAGACACGUUCCUUGUUUCUCUCAGUCGGUCGGUCUUCUGACCCGAGUUCUGCUUCGUCCAAAUUUUAUUUUCUUUGUUUAACGAAACUAAAUUUAUCAGUAGUCGCAUUGAUGUCAUUACAUAAACGGCAUUAUUCAGUUUCAUUGUUAAAACUAUUAAAUUGAAGACCUCUACAAUUAAAAGUUAGAGGAAAAAACGUAUAAAGAUGUAAAAUGUAAAGUCUGGAAACCAAAAAUUCAUAUUAAUGUUUUAUAAGAAAUCUAAAAGCAUCAUAACAUGAUUUGUCUUGUAAAGUUUAAACUUAUCUUUUUCAGGAAGUGGUUCCUUGAGCCCACUGAUCAUUUCUUCUUUAACAAAUAUGAUAAAUCUUCUGUUUUAUGAUUCUGGCUUAAUUGUAAUUUAAGAGUUUGGCACUUAUGUUGGUUUUAAAUCUCCUGAUGUUAUUAUCAAGGAUAAUUUUUAUUUUUAUUUUACUCUGUUGGAUGAGAUUGUGUUUGUGCCAUUUAUACACAAUGUGUUUAUAAACUGUUCAUCCUCAUAUUUUUAUUGUAGUGUUUUUGCUCUGUCCUGUAAAUCGUCUCUGAGCUGGAACGACACAAUACGCCUUUGUUAAAUGUUUGUGAUGUAAAAAAUGUAUUUAUGCUCAUUUUGUGGAUAUUUCCUGCACUUAAACAGAUUAACACCGUAAAGGAGAAACAAUAUUUUUGUAAUUUUUCAUCAUUUACCAGCUACAAUCAUUUUCCUUUUUGUAAAUGUACGACUGAGUAAACAGCAGCGAUGUGACGCUUCACGUUAAAAAAUGUGCUGCAGCUGAUUAAUGUCGCGUAAACUGACUUCCUGUGUCUCGUUCAUAGACUGAUUCUAAAGAUGGACGACGCACAUCCUCGCUGUUGUAGAAACAUGAAGCCAAAAUAUCCCGAGUGCCAAAACACAUCUGUUUCACAAUGUUUAAUCCUGUUUUAUUUUUAAAAUGGUCAACUAAUCACCCGCUAACAUGGAGAAGAAAGGGUUUGAGACGGAUACUGCAACCAGCCACAAGGGGGCGAUCAAGAUUCCCUUUUGAGGAUCCGUCAUGUCGUCCAUCUUUAUUUUCAGUCUGUGGUCUCACGCUCCACCGAGACGUCAUUAAAAAACCUUGAAUGUC